GCUUGAGUUGACUGGUAUGAUAUCUCAUCGACAAUGGCGGAUGGCGGAGUUCCUUAUGUAGUCAAUCCAUGAUGCCUCUGACCUCGUAGUCUAGCUCAUGCUUGUUCCUUUCCCGUUUGCUAUCGCACUUGUAACGACAAGAAUAGUGCUCGUCUCUCUCCACGACUCGCUCCGUGUUCACGAUAAUACAUACAAUAGCGUUGAUGCUGAAAUCUCAUUUCCACAUCACGCGGCCGGCAAAAAGCGGUGGAGGACUAGGUCCGGAGCUGGACCACGGAGCUGUACCAUGGGAUUGGGAAAGGCGGCCGUGUGCUGGGCGCUCUAAGAGUCCAUGUCCCCCCUGCUAGACACCAUUUCCAGACUGUUGGUAUUAGAUUCUGGACCCUCAAGGCCGCACAGAUGGCUGUAUUAGGGAAGAGUCCCUGGUUCUUGGGGCUCAGGUC